CAUAACAAAGUCAAAAUUCCCGUUUCCCUCCGGUCAAAAUGUCCGAAUUCGACAUAAUUUUCGACAGUUCGGCGCAAAAUUUAAAAGAGGUGCCGUCAAAAAUCCUCCAAAUGCACCACUUGAAAAUGUUAUACUUGCACCAGAACUUCCUCAAAGAGUUACCCCAGGACUUCUUCCUCAAACUACCCCAAUUGGCAUGGCUCGAUUUGCGCCACAACCAUUUGACCACAAUCCCGCCCACCAUCGCCCACCACCAACACCUCGAAAACCUGCUCCUCUCCGACAACAAAAUCGAGGUAUUGCCCAACGAGCUGGGCCUCGUGCCCAACCUGAAAGUCCUGCAGGUGGCCAACAACCCCCUGGCGUACCCCAACGCUCGGGUGGUGGCCGAGGGCACGAGGGGGAUCGUGGGGUACCUGCGGCGCCAAUACGAGAAGAUCGCGCAGCCCCCGAGCGAGGAGGAGAUCCGGCUGGAGGACUACUCCCAGGUGUUCCCCAUGGAGGAGUCCAGGAUCGUGCACAAAAUCAGUGAUUCCCGGGACACAAUCCUCCUCAAGUCCUUCUACGAGGCCAAAGCCUCCCAAACCGGCGACUCCAUCACCUUCAUCCCCCCGCUGCGCCACUCCUGGAUGGACAAACUCAAACGGCUGUUGGAGGAGCAGGAGAGGAUCCUCCAACAGGAGCGGAAUCUGCAAGCGUUGACGUCGUGGAGGUACCAGAAGAAAACCGAACCGAAGCGGAUUUCGCACCAGGAGUACCAAACCAAAGCCCCCUACGCGACGCAAGACAUGGAGCGCGAGAUCGAUCGAAUGAUCCAAAAGAACAAAAAACCAAAAAAGGAGGACGUUGAUAAGCUGAUAAGCGACCUCGUCGGCCAAUUGAAAGACAUGGAGGCGAGUUAUGCCGGCUCCAAGUCGCCUCGGAGCGAAAUCGAGACGGCUGGAACCCAAAUCAAGAAGAUCAUGUCCAUGCAGAAGAAACUGCUCCAGCUGCAAGAAACCAACGAUUUAAUGUUACAAUAAUUCUUAUACACAUACAAAAUCACAAGGUUAAUUUGAAGAUCUAUCAAAAUUGUAACAAAUCAGUCAAGUGUUAUUUUUACAAUUUGUGCAUUUAGAAGGUACGUCCCAUCACGAUUUUGCCUUUAAUCGCCUCGUGUGUGUUCUCCACAAAGCCUAAUUUCCCGUAAAACGCAUGCGUGUAGCUGUCACUCGCGUUCAUAACCACGUGAACACCGAACGAACCUGAAACGACCAAUUAGAACAGUCACGUGAUAACGACACGCCUCACCAUUGGCCCGCAAUGCCGCCAAGAGACACGUGACUAGUCGCUUGCUCACUGAUUGGUCCAACACCGACGGAAGAAUACUACAAAUCAUAAUGGAAGGAUGAGUGGGACUUGAGACGUAAAUCUCGUCCUUGAAACCAUGGAAAUACGAUAUGCUCUCCUGGAAAACAAAUUUAAUCCUAGUUUGAUAAUAAACUAAGCCUACUUGUGCAAACUUUGAUAAGUCUUUAUUGAUGAGUGAGAGGGGGUAUUUGUCGCACAUUUCCGGGAUCCAGGCUAACUCCAUCUUGACCCGGAAUUUUUUAU